AUGCCCAGCACAGCAACCUACCACUUCAACCUCCGGCAACCGGCCCUCCCAGCCGCAGGGCACCCCCCACCCGAGCCGGUCCCCUUCACGCGGCAGCCCGCAACACCGGGCACGCAAUGCCAACGCUGCCACCAAGGGCACAACCAACAGCACUACCCCCUCUACAGCUGCGCCGCCUGCAACUCCAACUACCACCCAGCGUGUAUCGACGAGCUGCGCAGCCGAGAAUUCUACCACGGGCGCCAGCGCCUGAUGUACGGGUGCCCCAACUGCGGGACGGCAUGGAUCCCACCGGCGGAGAUCCAGCAGCAGCACGCAGCGGAGUGGGCGCACGCGCAGCGCACGGGGGGCGACGGCGGCCGCUACCAGUACCGCCGGGCCGUCGGCGGGUACUAUGUCUGCACCAUGGGAGCGGCGCGCGGCGCGCUGCCCUGCGGCUGGGCGGGACGGGGCUGGAGCAACCUCACGGAGCAUCAUCGGGUGCGGCAUGAGCGGCGCGGGGUCGCGUACCGGUGUCACACGUGUCAGCGGUCGUUUUCCGAUGGGUUGAGACUGUUGCGCCAUCGUGAGGGGGCGCAUCCGCGUGUGCGGCCGCCUUAUUGUCCGGUUUGUGCGGUCGAGGAGGAAAUCGUGGGGUUGGAGGAUAUGGUGAGGCAUGUGGAGGAUGCGCAUGCUGGUGGUCUGGAUGUGCCGGUUUGUUUGUUGUGUUUUCAGUGGUGCGGCGAUUGGUUGGGGUUGGUUUUGCAUGCUGAGGAGGAGCAUGAGGUUUUGGAGUAG